AUCAGCCCGGCCCAGGAGGCUGGGGAGCCUUUCGUAAUGGCCCCCCUUCCCGGCCCCCCUCCCCCGCCCCUCCCCCCGCCCUCCUCCCGCCCUCUCUCCCUCCCUCCUUCCCUCCAGCCGUGGAGGCUGCAAUUACGCUUUGGGGAUAAAACGAGGCGCAGAGAGCAGGCUGGGGCAUUUCUCCCCGAGAUGGCGGGCCUGGCACUGGCGGCUCUGCGGCCUGGACUCCUGCUGCUCCUCUUCGUCGUGUGCCCCUCGCAGCCCGGAGGGGUUCCCGGCGCGAUUCCUGGCGGAGUUCCCGGAGGCUUUUACCCAGGAACCGGCAUUGGUGGUCUGGGAGGCCUAGGAGCCGGAGGAGCACUAGGGCCUGGAGGCAAACCACCCAAGCCAGGGGCUGGCCUCGGCGCGUUUGGGCCAGGUGCUGGAGCACUUGCAGGCGCCGGGCCUGGAGCAGGUCUGGGCGCUGUUCCAGGUGCCUUUCCCGGAGGGGCGGUGCCCGGCGGAGCGGCUGGUGCGCAAGCUGCCUAUAAAGCCGCCAAGGCUGGUGCUGGGCUUGGAGUCGGCGGUGUUGGCGGUGUUGGUGGUGUUGGCGGCCUUGGCGGCCUUGGCGGCCUCGGUGGCCUCGGAGUGUCCACAGGUGCUGUGGUGCCCCAGGUGGGAGCCGGUGUGGGGGUCGGAGCGAAGCCCGGGAAAGUGCCUGGCGUGGGGCUGCCAGGCGUCUACCCAGGAGGAGUGAUCCCGGGGACAGGGCGGUUCCCAGGUGUGGGGGUGCUCCCUGGAGUUCCCACCGGCACAGGAGUCAAGCCCAAGGGCCCAGGAGCAGGCGGGGCCUUCGGUGGAAUCCCAGGAGUCGGCCCCUUUGGGGGUCAGCAGCCUGGAGUCCCUCUGGGGUACCCCAUUAAGGCCCCCAAACUGCCAGGAGGCUACGGUCUGCCUUACAGCACCGGCAAACUGCCCUACGGCUACGGGCCUGGAGGAGCAGUUGGUGCUGCCGGGGGCAAGGCCGGGUACCCGACAGGCACAGGGGUUGGCCCGCAGGCAGCAUUGGCAGCUAAAGCAGCCAAGUAUGGUGCUGGCGGAGCUGGAGUCCUUCCUGGCGGGGCCAUCCCUGGCAUCGGGGGGAUCGCAGGGGCCGGGGGACCCGCGGCUGCGGCUAAGGCGGCGGCUAAGGCGGCCAAGUAUGGAGCUGCUGGAGGCUUGGCGCCCGGCGUGCCAGGGUUCGGCCGCGGCGUGGGUGUCCCGGGCGUUGGGGUCCCUGGCAUUGGAGGUGUUCCAGGUGCUGGAGUUCCAGGAGUUGGAGGAGUUCCAGGAGCUGUGUCACCAGCUGCUGCGGCUAAAGCAGCCUCCAAGGCCGCCAAAUACGGGGCCAGGGCUGGAGUGGGUGCUGGAGGUCUGCCCUUCGGGGGCGUCGGUGCUGGGGGCUUUCCCGGUUUUGGAGCCGGAGCUGGAGCCGCUGCCGCCGCCAAGGCAGCCAAGUAUGGUGCCAGGGGCGUGGGAGGAGCCCUGGGAGGACUGGUGCCGGGCGCAGGCGCAGUGCCCGGCACGCCCGGGGUUGGAGGUGUACCAGGAGCUGCAGCCCCAGGGGCAGCUGCUGCCAAAGCCGCCAAGUACGGUGUGGCACCCGGCGUGGGCGUGGCUCCCGGCGUGGGCGUGGCUCCCGGCGUGGGCGUGGCUCCCGGAGUGGGCGUGGCUCCCGGAGUGGGCGUGGCUCCCGGUUUGCGUCCCGGGGGCGUUGCAGGAGUGGGCGCACCGGCCGGAGGCAAGUCUGCUGCCCAGCUGGCCGCUAAGGCCCAGUUGCGGGCUGCGGCUGGAGUCCCCGCUGGCGUGCCUGGAUUCGGAGCAGGUGCUGGGGUCCCAGGAUUCGGAGUGGGUGCAGGAGUGGGUGCACCAGCCGGAGGCAAGUCUGCGGCCCAGCUGGCCGCUAAGGCCCAGUUGCGAGCAGCAGCAGGGGGUGUCCUCAGAGGCCCCGGGGGUCUUGCGGGCGUGGGUGUUCCUGGUGGGGUAGCAGGAGCUGGACCUGCAGCCGCCGCCAAAGCUGCCAAGGCCGCCCAGUACGGCGUGGGGGGCGUGGCAGGACUCGGAGCCGGAGCCGGAGGGCUGGGAGUGGGCGGCGUCCCAGGAGCCGGAGCCUUUGGAGGUGUGUCUCCAGCUGCGUCUGCUAAAGCAGCGAAAUACGGAAUGGCCGCGCGGCCUGGCUUUGGCCUGUCCCCCAUUUUCCCAGGUGGUGCAGCCGGGGGCCUGGGAGCUGGUGUGAAGCCGCCCAAGUCCUACGGAGGGGCGCUGGGGGCCCUGGGCUUCCAAGGCGGGAAGAGAAAAUGAGCUCCCCAGGCCCCCCGACUCGCGACCUCAUCAACGUUGGUGCUACUGCUUGGUGGAGAAUGUAAACCCUUCCUGGCCCCCACCCCGUCCCCCACCCCCCUCCCAAGUCCCCACUCCGGGAGGGGACAGGCAGGCAGGCCAGCAGUGGCCUGGGAAACCCAGAGGACGAGGAAACGAGAGAGCAGCCCAGGAGGGCCCCUGCUUCAGGGCCGGGGGCAGGCGAGCCCCCUCCCUUCCCGCCCAGGAACUCCCCCCCACGUCUCCAUCUCCAGAAGGACUCGGUGCUAAUGCUGGUGCUCUCACCUUCGGGGGGAGGGAGGAGGGAAGGGCAGCCUCUCGGGGCCCCUCCCGGGGCACCUCUGAAGCGGGCACCUCCCGACCCCCCCCCGGCCGCCCCUGGCGUGGGCCCCCUGGUACCCAGACCCGCAGAGCCCCAACCUGGGUUCUGCCCAACAUCUCCGGCCCUAGGGCCCCCUCUCCCCACCAAUGGCUCAUUCCCUGGUGCACCUUGGGGUGAGGAAACCCCCAUUGGGAAGAGCCCUCUUGCCCUCGUGGGCGUCACCUGCCCAUCUGCCCUUCCGUCCGUCCGUCCGUCUGGUCCCAGUGGACCUCCAGGUGCCGCUAGCAGGCCGAGCGCCCCCACCAUCAGCCUGGAUCACUCUGCCUCCCCACCCCCCUCCCCGCCACACACAUCCCCUGCUCGGGCCCCCAGAGAGAGCCCCAAGUGAGGGGUGUGCCGGCCUGGGGGGGUGGGAUGUCCCCCCCCACGCAGUACUGUAACCCCCUGAGCCACUGUUCAGCCCAGUACCUGCCCGCCCGUCUCUUUGUGUCUCGCUGUGAUAGAUCAAUAAAUAUUUUAUUUUUUGUCCUGGA